UGUCAUUAAUUGAGGUUAACAGUUUAAAUUAAAGCUUCCCUAUCAAUUAACAUUUUCCAGUAAUAAAUCAUGACAGAAAAGUUCAUCUAUUCGAUAUUUUCUCCAUCUUGUUAUACUAAAAAACAAACCAGGUGCGCGGUCAUCAACCUGCAUUGAUCGGUGAUAAAGACCUGAAGAAGACUUCCGUGGUGUGGUCUGUUACCCUUAAAAGGUACUCAAUAUACAUAACUAUGGAACUUUAUAUAACAAAUAGGAUUAUAUAUGAGGUAAUUGAUGAUUAGAGAACAGAAAAUGAUGUUGAAUAAGUAAGUACUAAUACAUAAAAAUAUAUGUAUAUAACAAGAAACCAGUGAUGCAUAAGAAGGAAGAGAACUUUGAUCAGAAAAAAUUAGAUUUGGAAGUAUGGCUGCAGAAGAUGGAAUCGAGAUUAGCUGGCAUGGCUCCGGUAGGGCAUACUGCAGACGUGCUGGAGGUGCAGCUGAGAGAACAGAAGAGUUUACAUGCCGAAUUACACCAGUUCAAGUCACAAAUCGAGUCUUUCCAGCAACUAACGCAGAAACUAAUCACUGCCCAUCAACAUGAAGAUACCAGUAGAUAUAAGAAGGCGGCCGAAUACAUCAACCAACACUACCUCCGCUUAGACGCUUGCAUUGUCAACCGUGGUAAACUGCUCCAUUCCGCCCUGAGCUCCCUCCAAAAUCUAGACAGAUCUCUAGAUAAAUUCUUAGCGUGGCUCAGCGAGGCGGAAAGCGUAGUGGAGACUUUGGAAGGGGAUAAUGAAUCGAGGCGAGCGGCUCAUCAACUUAAAGAACUCCAAUCGGAUAUCGAUAGACAAGCACCAACACAUCACGCGCUUAGAAAUUCCAGUUUGGCGCUAUUAGGGUCGUUAGCUGCCGAAGAUGCUCUGAUGCUGCAGCUGAGAGGUGACGAGAUGGAGAGGCGAUGGCAGGCUCUUCGUACGAGAACUUCCGAUUUACGUAAUCGCUUGGAACACAACGCUGAUUAUUGGAACGCGUUGCUUCUAUCUUUGCGGGAACUUACCGAGUGGGUUAUCAGGAAAGAUACGGAACUCGGUUUGGCGGCUAGACAAGACGAUCAUAGAGCUUUCAGGCAACAAUUAGAAGAUAAACGACCUCUGGUAGAAAGCAGUUUACGCAGCGCUAGACAGUUCGUAGCGGGGGAUCCUUCAGGAGAACUGGCUAGGAAUUUGAGGAGGGAAUUAGUGAAAUUGUCCGAUAAAUGGAACGGUUUAAUCGAUAAAAGCGAUCAAUUGGCUAAAAGAUUCGAACAAAACUCAAUUAAACUCAAACAGUUGACGAUGAAUUUGGAGGAAUCUUGUUCGGCGGUUUCUCGUUUGGAAAGGGCUACAUUGAGUUGGAGCGGUCCUCGUAGCGCUGCGGAGGCUCGGGAGCUUUUGUCCGGUCUCCGUACGUUGGAACAGCAAGUUCCUUCGUUGCAAAGGACUUUGGAGGAAGCUAGGAUUCAAGCUGCUAGUAUUGGUAACACCUUACCGAAUAAUUUAGCCGCGCAAUUGGAGGAUUGCACUGCAAGGUGUAGAGCUCUACAAGCGGCCAUUAGAGAAAGAAGAGACCAACUUACCGGCAGUACUCAAGGCGAAAUAUCCCCGGGCCCUUCGAGCGUCCAACCGCCGUGGGAACGCGCCACCACCCCAAACAAAGUCCCAUAUUACAUAAACCACAGCACGGAAACCACCCAUUGGGACCAUCCGCACAUGCUCGAUUUAGCCGUUGGCCUUUUGCAAUUGAACGAAGUCAGAUUCAGCGCUUAUCGUACGGCAUCGAAAUUGCGCGCCAUACAAAAAAAAUUGCGUCUCGAUCUCGUCACGAUAAGCGCGGCAUCCGAAGCGUUCGACCUGCACGGCCUGCGAGCGCAGAACGACAAAAUUCUAGACGUCGCCGACAUGGUUUUGGUGCUGAGGGCGAUAUUCGGCAACGUCGCGCCGGACGACGGCGUCCCCCAAAUCGACGCGCCCCUGUCGGUGGACCUCGCCUUGAACUGGCUGUUGAACGUGUACGACAGCCAACGCACCGGCCAGAUAAGGGUGCUGAGCUUCAAAGUGGGGCUCACUCUCUUGUCCAAAGGCCACCUGGAGGACAAAUACCGAUAUUUGUUCCGACUGAUAGCGGAUCCGCAGCAGAAGGCCGACCAAAGGAAAUUGGGACUGUUGCUGCACGAUAUCCUGCAGGUGCCGCGCCAGCUCGGCGAGGUCGCGGCCUUCGGCGGCUCCAACAUCGAGCCGAGCGUCAGGAGUUGCUUGGGCGACAGGGAGGAGCUGGAGGCGGCGCAUUUUUUGGCCUGGUUGAAACAAGAACCGCAGUCUCUGGUAUGGUUGCCGGUGCUGCACCGAUUGGCGGCGGCGGAGAACGCCAAACACCAAGCGAAAUGCAAUUGUUGCAAACAAUAUCCGAUAGUCGGACUCAGGUAUCGGUGUUUGAAGUGUUUCAACUUCGAUAUGUGUCAGGGGUGUUUCUUUUCCGGUCGGCUGACUAAAGGGCACAAAUUGAAUCAUCCGAUGCACGAGUAUUGCGCGGCCACAACGUCCGUCGAAGACGUCAGAGAUUUUACGAAGGCUUUGAAGAACAAAUUUAAGAGCAAAAGGUAUUUUGCUAAGCAUCCGAGAGUGGGGUAUCUGCCGGUUAGAUCGGUUUUGGAGGGUGACGAAUUGGAGAGUCCCGUCGCUUCGCCGCAACACAACGAUAUGCAUUCCAGAUUAGAAAUAUACGCUAGCCGUUUAGCGGAAGUGGAGCUCCGAGCCGCGUCGCCGGAAGACGAACACCGCCUAAUAGCCGACUACUGUCACUCGCUAGAUGGCGGUCCGGCCAGUCCCGGUCAAUUGAUGCUCGUUAUAGACGAAGAACAACGAGCCGAACUCCAAGAAAUGAUCCGAGAAUUGGAAGUGGAAAAUCAAGCGCUUCUCCAAGAAUACGAUCAACUGCAACGCGGCAGCAACCCCGUACCGCAACCGCAACCCCAACACGACGUUUUAGCCGAGGCGAGGCUGCUCAGACAGCACAAGGGACGAUUGGAGGCGCGGAUGCAGAUACUGGAAGAUCACAAUAGACAAUUGGAGGCGCAGUUGCAACGUUUGAGGCAACUUUUGGACGAACCGGGGCCUAAUUCUACUUUGCAGACUCGUAGCGUUACGGCGUCGCAAUUGAAUCAAGAUACUCCGGCUAGGAUGAAUCAACCGCCGCCGCCGACUGACCACCGUUGAUAAUAUAUGCGAUUUUUAGGUUAGAUCGACGAUUUUUUUGACUGAUUGUUGUCGCGUGUUUCGCCAUUUUGAAUUAUUCGAGUAAAAAUUAUUUUUUUUUAUGAUAAUUUGCGUUUUCAAAAAUAUUUUUUUAUGAAAAAUUUUUUUCCCGAUCUAUUUUCUAGUAUUUACGAAUGUUAAAUAUUUAAUUUUGUAUUUCUAAUCAUUUUUUUUUCUAUAGGCAAAACGAAUUUCUAAUAUAAAUAAUUCUUAUAUAAUAUAUUGAAUUAGUAUUUCUAAAGACUAAAAAAAAAUCUGGCAACAAUGUGUUUCGAUUAUAUUGUUAGUAUGACUAAGCUUUCGUUAGUUCUGUUAUAGUCCAGGACUAAAGCGUUUAAAAAUGAUAAAAAAUGAAAAAAAAAAAAUAAUAGUAGGGUGAAACUUAUUGGGAAAGGAAGAGAAUAUAGCAAAAAUGGAAGGGAAAAUGAUUUACGGGUGAUCUUUGGUUGAAUAGUGGAAGGGGGAGUGUUUUUUAACGGUGAAAAAACGGUUUAUCUCGUUUUGUAGUAAAACUAUGAGUCUGUUGAAAAAAAGUUUAAUAGAAAAGUUGUAGGUAAUGAAAAGAUCUACAACUUUUGUAUUUACACUUUUUUCAUAUAACCUCAAAAUUUCAGUGAAAACUUCAAAUAACCACAUUUUUUUUGGAAAAAUUAUUCUUUUCCACGAAAUUUUGUGAAAACUCACCUUUCUACGUAAUUAAUACUCCGUAAUUUUUUUAUUUCAAAUGUUAAAUAUACAAUUUUGUAUUUCUAAUCAUUUUUUUUUCUAUAAGCAAAACGAAUUUCUAAUAUAAAUAAUUCUUAUAUAAUAUAUUUCCAACGACUAAAAAAAAAUCUGGCAACAAUGUGUUUCGAUUAUAUUGUUGUGAGUAUGACUAAGCUUUCGUUAGUUAGGUUAUAGUCCAGGACUAAAGCGUUUAAAAAUGGUAAAACAUGAAAAAAAACUAAUAGAAAGGUGAAACUUAUUGGGAAAGGAAGAGAAUGUAGCAAAAAUGGAAGAGAAAAUAAUUUACGGGUUGGAUAGUGGAAGGGAGAGGGUUUUUACGGGUGAAAAAACGGUUUAUCUCGUUUUGUGGUAAAACUAGGAGUCUGAUGAAAAAAAGUUUAAUAGAAAAGUUGUAGGUAAUGAAAAUAUCUAUAACUUUUGUAUUUACACUUUUUUCAUAUAACCUCAAAAUUUCAGUGAAAACUUCAAAUAACUACAUUUUUUUUGAAAAAUUAUUCUUUUCCACGAAAUUUUGUGAAAACUCACCUUUCUACGUAAUUAAUACUCCUUAAUUUUUUUAAUUCAAAUGUUGAAUAUUUAAUUUUGUAUCUCUAAUCAUUUUUUUCCAGAAGCAAAACGAAUUUCUAAUAUAAAUAAUUCUUAUAUAAUAUGUUGAAUUAGUAUGAUUUCUAACGACUAAAAAAAAUCUGGCAACAAUGUGUUUCCAUUAUAUUGUUGUGAGUAUGUCUAAGCUUUCGUUAGUUAGGUUAUAGUCCAGGACUAAAGCGUUUAAAAAUGGAAAAAAAUGAAAAAAAAACUAAUAGUAGGGUGAAACUUAUUGGGAAAGGAAGAGAAUAUAGCAAAAAUGGAAGGGAAAAUAAUUUACGGGUGAUCUGUGGUUGAAUAGUGGAAGGGGGAGGAUUUUUAAGGGUGAAAAAACGGUUUAUCUCGUUUUGUGGUAAAACUAUGAGUCUGUUGAAAAAAAGUUUAAUAGAAAAGUUGUAGGUAAUGAAAAGAUCUACAACUUUUGUAUUUACACUUUUUUCAUAUAACCUCAAAAUUUCAGUGAAAACUUCAAAUAACUACAUUUUUUUUGAAAAAUUAUUCUUUUCCACGAAAUUUUGUGAAAACUCACCUUUCUACGUAAUUAAUACUCCUUAAUUUUUUUAAUUCAAAUGUUGAAUAUUUAAUUUUGUAUUUCUAAUCAUUUUUUUCCAGAAGCAAAACGAAUUUCUAAUAUAAAUAAUUCUUAUAUAAUAUGUUGAAUUAGUAUGAUUUCUAACGACUAAAAAAAAUCUGGCAACAAUGUGUUUCCAUUAUAUUGUUGUGAGUAUGACUAAGCUUUCGUUAGUUCUGUUAUAGUCCAGGACUAAAGCGUUUAAAAAUGGUAAAAAAUGAAAAAAAAACUAAUAGUAGGGUGAAACUUAUUGGGAAAGGAAGAGAAUAUAGCAAAAAUGGAAGGGAAAAUAAUUUACGGGUGAUCUGUGGUUGAAUAGUGGAAGGGGGAGGAUUUUUAAGGGUGAAAAAACGGUUUAUCUCGUUUUGUGGUAAAACUAUGAGUCUGUUGAAAAAAAGUUUAAUAGAAAAGUUGUAGGUAAUGAAAAGAUCUACAACUUUUGUAUUUACACUUUUUUCAUAUAACCUCAAAAUUUCAGUGAAAACUUCAAAAAACCAUAUUUAUUUUUUUACGAAAUUUUGUAAAAACUCAACUUUUUAUGUCCCAAAUACACAUACAAUAUGUAAUAUCUCAUGGUUUUUCCUAUACUUUAACUGUAAAAGUAUAUUUUCAACUAUUAUGUCCAAAAAUCCAGAUAUUUGAAAAAAAAAUUAUUAUCUACAACAUUUUUCUCAAGACUUGAAAAUAUCAAUUUUUAUGCCCAAAAAUAUAAAAGGAAUUAACAAAAUAAAACUUUAUUAGGGUUGAUUAAACAAGGAAUGUUAAGCGAGUCACACACGCUACGGUUAACCGUAAAGCCGGUACUACACGACCGCGUCCAACGUACGGCGAAACAUUACAAGGAAAACUGGGUGCAGUUUUACCCGUUUUAAGCAUUGAUUGACAUGCGCACUACGAUCACACGACGCAAUCGCAUCGUGCGGUACCGGCUUAACGUGUACGACAACCAUUAGUUAUUAGAAAUCGACUAAAUGGCGCCUCCCGUGUUAAAUUAAAUUGUUGUAAAUAAAAUUUCUCGACAAUCAAGUCAAAAAGUAGAUCAGUCGCUUAGUUUACAUCCUUCCAACGAAUCCGGAAUUCCAUUUAGAUUUAUAAGUAUAACGCCAAUCGUUUAUUUUGCACAAAAUAUACAAAAUUACAAGGCUGAUGAUCCCAAAGUAUUCAACUCACUUUAUUCUAUCACGUCGAUGCAUUAUUUUUUGUACAAACCUGUAUAUGUGAUAAUUUAAACGCAGAACGUACGUUCAGGAUAAAUUAUUAAAACGAGGGUCGUACCAAAAGUGAGGCUUCCAAACUAACACCACCUACCCACCGUUCCGUAAACUUUUAGUACAACCCCCGUAAGUGAAUAAGUGAAUUGCAUGUAUAAAUUAUAUUUUGUCAGUAUUAUAUCGCUUUGGGGGUGAGUAAAAGAAUCCUGAACAUAUUUUUUGCUAAUAAAAUAAUAAAUCGAAGCCGCAAGAUACUAUAACCGAUGUCUAAUUAUUGUAAGGUAGAAAAUUAACACUCGGACUGUCAAUUUUUGGCAUUAAGACGUUUUUUUGAACACACUAUUUUUUUUUAGUACACUAACACUCACAGUUACACUGUAUGAAUGUGAUUGAGGGUGUCUAGCGGUAUUGGGGAUACUCGCUAUUCACAGCUUAUCCAUUAAUCUCACUCCGUGUGUAAAAUCCUGGAGUUCCAUAAUCUCAACCCCUUUAGAUUGUUCCAAUAGUUAGUUUUUCCCUUCUUUUCUCUCUAUUAUCCUGCUCUAUAUUCCUACGAAGGAUUUCUCCUUUGCUUUGUCUGCUGUUUAACUACCCUCCACUCCAGUAUGUCCCAAAGGGUGACUUUUUGUUUGUCCAAACUUUAAUGGUGUUUGAUUCUUCGACCUUAGACUCCUAUUCCAGUUCUGUCUGGUCUUUUCUCUGAUAGGUUUUCACCACCACGCUUUCCAAUAAUAUACGGAGUAGUGGUGGAUACUUCUAGUGCAUAUUUUCUCUCGGUCCCGGUUGUGCAUUUGUAAAUCAGUCUUAGUUUCUUCGAGAAUCGAUUCUUACGGUGUUUGACUUCCUCAUAAGUUCCAGGAUUGGAAUGUGAAGUUGUGUUUGGUCUCUAAAAACGUUAAUUUGAUUAUUAAAACGAGUGUCAUCGGGGUAAUUGUGAGUUUUGGAGUGAAUAUCACAAACGGUUCCGUAAACUCCAAUUUAAAUAAGAUGCUUGUAAGAUAAUUGUAACGCAAGGAAUCCAUAUCAUUAUACACAUCAUAUUUGUUACGUUUAGUAGAUAGUAAAACCUUAGAUAUUUAUUUUGUUAAUAUUGUUGAGCGGAUUAUAUUAGCAGGCGUAUUAAUAAAAAUUUCCAUCGG